CCUCUUACUUGUUUCAGUAGGCAACCCAACUUCAAUACUGGUUAUACUUAGAACCUGUGCUUAUGUAAACAGGUAACAUCACUUAUGAGGCCAUCAAACACAUGGGCACUUAGGUACAUAGUAAUUGGAGAUUUUGAGGUGGGGUUGAAGUGUGACGAUAAACUGAAACGAUACGAAAGUACUAACUACUAUACGAACCACCAGCCCACCAUCGUCCAUGUUGUCACCCUGAUGUCGACAUGCCAAGUUGCUAAAGCUAAGAACAGGACAUCAUCGUUACUUGGCCAGAGUUAAAUGUUUAGAGAGAGAAGAAACCCAGAUUAACACAAAGGAGGAAUAAAACAAGCAACGGAGCCAUUUCAAAGGCAUAUCCCGCCUAUUACUACUACUACUAUUGCUCAAUUUCGACAGCCAUGCAGCAAGAGAAAAAAACUAGCGAAUUAUGUGAGAUAUGUUCUGAAAUUCGUGGCGAAAACGUUAUCAUUAGGGAAAAGAAUCAUCAAGAACAAAACAACCGAAAGAAUAACAUAGGUUUAGCUUUGGUUGGAAUUACUGGAGGGGCAGCUGUCGUGCUGAGUGUCAUUGCUGCACCUUUUGUGACACCAGCUUUAAGGAAGGUAUGUUUACCGUAUGUACCAGCUACCACAGAGCAAGUGAAUAACGUCUUGAGAGCAUUAAGGGGCCGCAGUGGGCGCUUAGUUGAUCUUGGCAGUGGUGAUGGCCGAAUUGUUGUGGCAGCUGCUCAAGAAGCUCGGCUUGAAAGUGUAGGAGUGGAACUAAACCCGUGGCUUGUGUGGUAUUCACGAUGGAAAGCUUGGAGAAGUGGAGUGUCAUCAUCAACAUCUUUUAUUACUCAUGAUCUUUGGAAACUUAACUUACAUAAUUACAAAAAUAUUGUGAUAUUUGGGGUUGAAGAAAUGAUGCCACAGUUGGAAAGGAAAUUGGUCCAAGAGCUGUCCGCUGAUGGUCUUGUUGUUGCAUGCAGAUUUCCUCUGCCAACUUGGCAACCAAUAGCUUCAUUUGGAAUUGGAAUUGAUACAGUGUGGCUGUACCAGAGACCAUAAUGCUCCGAAUGGUUAAUUGAUACAGUGUGGCUGUACCAGAGACCAUAAUGCUCCGAAUGGUUAAGUAUAGAAAGCUCGGUAUGAAUGUAAUGUACUGUAAAUAUAUGAAAUGGUAAGAAUUUUGACUUCCAUAUGCAGGGGAUAAACAGCUAUUAAAGCUUUUUUUUUUUUUUACUUAAGAUUAAAUCAAACCAGAUAAGCAGCAGCUUUUAGAGGAAAUGUGAUUAUUAAAAAUAUAUACUUGUGUGAC